AUGACAACACACCGAAAUGGCACCCUCUCCACUGAAGCUUCAGACUUCCUUUUGAAUUGUUUUGUCCGAUCCCCCAACUGGCAGCACUGGCUGUCCCUGGCCCUCAGCCUCAUCUUCCUCUUGGCCAUAGGGGCCAACGCCACCCUCCUGAUCACCGUCCAGCUGGAGACCUCUCUGCACAAACCACUGUACUACCUGCUCAGCCUCCUCUCCCUGCUGGACAUCGUGCUCUGCGUCACUGUCAUCCCCAAGGUCCUGGCCAUCUUCUGGUUUGACCUCAGGCCCGUCAGCUUCCCUGCCUGCUUCCUGCAGAUGUACAUCAUGAAUUGUUUCCAAGCCAUGGAGUCUUGCACAUUCAUGGUCAUGGCUUAUGAUCGUUAUGUAGCUAUCUGCCACCCACUGAGAUAUCCAUCAAUCAUCACUGAUCAAUUUGUAGUCAAGGCUGUCAUUUUUAUUUUGACCAGAAAUGUGCUUAUGACUCUGCCCAUCCCCAUCCUCUCAGCACAACUCCGUUAUUGUGGAAGAAAUGUCAUUGGGAACUGCAUCUUCAAUAUAUCUGUUUCCAGACUCUCCUGCGAUGAUGUCACCAUCAAUCGCCUUUACCAAUUAGCUGCAGACUGGACUCUGCUAGGAUCUGACCUCGUUCUUAUCUUCCUCUCCUACACCCUCAUUCUGCGAGCUGUGCUGAGACUCAAGGUGGAGGGUGCUGUGGCAAAGGCCCUAAGCACAUAUGGCUCCCACUUCAUCCUUAUCCUCUUCAGCACCAUCCUUCUGGUUUUUGUCCUCACACAUGUGGCUAAGAAGAAAGUCUCCCCUGAUGUGCCGGUCUUGCUCAAUGUUCUACACCAUGUCAUUCCUGCAGCCCUUAACCCCAUCGUUUAUGGGGUAAGAACCCAAGAGAUUAAGCAGGGAAUGCAGAGGUUGUUGAAGAAAGGGUUCUAA